AUGGGUCAACAACUAACUACUCCUUUAAGUCUGACUUUAGGACAUUGGAAAGAGGUCACGAAACGGGCACAUAACCAGUCAGUGGAAGUGUGCAAGAAAAAGUGGCUGACUUUCUGUACCUCUGAGUGGCCCUCCCUUGAGGUUGGAUGGCCGCGGGACGGCACUUUUAACCUUACUACUAUUUUACAGGUCAAAGAGAAGGUUUUCCAACCGGGACCGCAUGGACAUCCGGACCAAGUGCCCUAUAUUGUCACCUGGGAGAGUCUCUCCCGAGAUCCCCCAACAUGUGUUAAGCCUUCCCUUUCCUCUUUAGGGGCACAGACCCCAAAACCAGGCCCCAGGCCUUCUUCAACCCCACUCAUGCCUUUACCUUCGGUGCCGCUCACUUCUUCCCUUCUUCCCCUGAAUGAACCACCUAAGCCUAUGCCUAAAACUCCACCAGUUCUCCCAGACACUCAGGAAAAUCUUCUACUUCUAGACCCUCCUCCUCCGUACCCUCCUCGGGUCCCACCACAGUUGGUUCAGGAACCCCAGGACCCUGAGCCACUCUCCCCUGACUCCACCGAAAUGGGAGGGUUAGAGCCUUCCUCCUCCCCACCCUCUACUCGCCUGUGGCUGUGGAGGGAACGUGCCAGUGGCCCGGAGCGUGUCUGGUCCUCUCAAGCAUUUCCUUUAAGGUCGGUGGCUGGCCAGAUUCAGUAUUGGCCAUUCUCUGCCUCCGACCUAUACAACUGGAAGACCCACAAUCCCUCCUUUUCCCAAGACCCCCAAGCUUUGACCAGAUUAAUUGAAUCCAUUCUACUCACUCACCAACCCACUUGGGAUGAUUGUCAGCAACUUCUACAGGCCCUCCUCAAGGAGGAAAAACAGCAAGUCAUAUUAGAGGCUCGUAAAAAUGUGCUGGGAGCAGAUGGCAGGCCGACCCAACUGCCUAACGAGAUCGCGGACGUCUUCCCUCUGACUCGCCCGGAGUGGGACUACAACACUGUGGCCGGUAGGGAGCGACUCCGUCUCUAUCGCCAGACUCUUUUAGCGGGUCUCAAAGGGGCAGGGAAGCGCCCCACCAAUUUGGCCAAGGUACGUGCGAUUAUCCAGGGUCAGGAAGAGAUGCCGGCAGGGUUCUUAGAACGUUUAAUGGAAGGUUAUCGCAUGUAUACCCCUUUUGACCCUUUGGCCGCCGAAUGCCAGUCAGAUGUAAUUAUGUCGUUUAUUGGACAGUCGGCUCCCGAUAUCCGAAACAAAUUACAACGACUGGACGGGCUGCAAGGGUAUACAUUACAGGACCUACUAAAGGAGGCAGAUAAAAUUUUCAAUAAAAGGGAAACACAGGAGGAAAAGGAAGAAAGAUUAUGCAAAGAGCAAGAGCGGAGGGAGGACAUCCGGGACAAAAAGCGGAAUCGAGAAUUAACCAAAAUUUUGGCCACGGUAGUGCAGGGUGCAGGGCAAGGUAGGCCAGGACAGAAUAAGACCCUGGGAGACAAGAGAAGGUCCCGAGUAGAACGAGACCAAUGUGCCUACUGCAAAGAAAAGGGACACUGUGUUAAGGACUGCCCUAAGCUGUCUCAGGAAACUAAGAAAAAGACAGUUACAGUCCUGCCCUUGGGGGAAGACAUAGGAAAGUCAGGGCCAGGAGCCCCCCACCCCGAGCCCAGGGUAACUCUUGACGUAGGGGGGCACCCGGUGACCUUCCUGGUAGAUACAGGAGCACAACAUUCGGUGCUGACUGAGGCCAGGGGGCCUCUGAAUUCUAAAACUUCUUGGGUCCAGGGGGCUACUGGGGGAAAAUUGUACAGGUGGACAACUGAAUGAAAGGUCCAUUUGAACACUGGACAGGUGACUCACUCGUUCCUACUGGUGCCAGAUUGCCAUUAUCCCCUAUUGGGCCGGGAUUUGCUUUCAAAAGUGGGGGCCCAAAUUCACUUUCAUGAUAAGAGGAUUUCAGCCACUGGCCCGGAAGGGCAGCCCCUUCAAAUACUGACAAUACACCUAGAGGAUGAACAUCGAUUGCUCGAAAAAACCCCAGCUAAUACAACCUCUCUAGACCCCAAGUGGUUAAUGGACUUUCCCCAAGCUUGGGCAGAAACAGCCAGAGUAGGAUUGGCUGUCAACCAACCGCCCCUAAUAAUUGGCUUAAAACCCUUGGCCACCCCAGUGUCAAUCCGGCAGUAUCCUAUGAGCAAAGAGGCCAAGGAGGGCAUCAGGCCCCAUAUAGACAGACUGUUGCAGUUGGGCAUCUUAAAACCGUGCCGCUCGCCUUGGAAUACCCCCCUCCUCCCAGUAAAAAAGCCAGGCACGGGGGACUACAGGCCAGUGCAGGACCUACGGGAAGUUAACCGAAGAACGGGAGACCUGCACCCUAUUGUGCCCAAUCCUUACAACCUGCUAAGUGCCCUACCACCAAGCCAUCAAUGGUAUACGGUACUAGACCUUGAAGAUGCAUUCUUUUGUUUAAGACUGAGUCCUCAAAGUCAACCCCUGUUCGCCUUCAAGUGGAAAGACCCCGAGGCCGGACUUUCUGGACAACUCACUUGGACGAGAUUGCCACAGGGGUUUAAAAAUUCGCCUACCCUGUUCGAUGAGGCCCUGCACCAGGAUCUGGCAGACUUCCGAGUCAACAACCCCAGCAUAGUCCUCCUUCAAUAUGUGGACGACCUGCUUUUGGUGGCAGAAACCGAACAGGACUGUCAAAAAGGUACGGGGUCCCUGCUAAAAAAAUUGGGGGAAUUGGGAUACAGAGCCUCCGUGAAAAAGGUGCAAGUGUGCAAAAGACAGGUCACCUACCUGGGAUACCUGCUAGAAGGUGGUCAGUGGUGGCUAACAGAGGGCCGGAAACAGACAGUCGCCCUAAUUCCACUGCCCAAGAGUGCCCGACAAAUGCGAGAAUUUCUCAGCAGCGCAGGCUUCUGCCGACUAUGGAUACCAGGAUUUGUAGAAUUAGCAGCACCUCUGUACCCCCUCACUAAACCCAAUGCCCCCUUUAUAUGGGAAAAAGAACAUCAAAUGGCGUUUGAUCAAAUCAAAAGGGCUCUAUUGUCAGCCCCUGCCCUAAGCCUCCCCGAUGUGACUAAGCCCUUUACAUUGUACGUUGAUGAACGAAGGGGAAUAGUGAAGGGCGUCCUGGUUCAGAAACUGGGACCUUGGAAAAAGCCGGUGGCUUACUUUUCAAAAAAAUUAGAUAAUGUGGUGGCUGCUUGGCCCCCGUGUCUGCGCAUGGUGGCCGCAGUAGCAGUCCUUGUCAAAGACGCAGAUAAACUGACUCUAGGAUAAUCCCUCACUGUGGUGGCCCCCCAUGCCAUUGACACCGUCAUCCGGCUGCCGCCAGAUAGGUGGCUCUCCAAUGCCCGAGUGACUCACUACCAAGCUAUGUUGCUCAACCCGGAGCGGAUUCAGUUCGGACCUGCCACCCCCCUGAACCCAGCUACCCUGCUCCCGGAUAUGGAGCCCGGUGCCUGGGUACCUCAUGACUGUCACCAAAUCCUGGUUGAGGCCCAUGGCACCCGGGAGGACCUGAUGGACCGGCCGUUACCGGUCGCGGAACACACCUGGUACACCAACGGGAGCAGUUUUCUACAAAACGGUGAACGGAGGGUGGGGGCGGCCGUGGUGGAGGGACACUCCAUAAUAUGGGCAAGCGCCUUGCCUGCGGGAACCUCGGCUCAGAAAGCCGAGCUUGUGGCCCUCACACAGGCCCUUAAACAAGCUAGCGGAAAAAAAGUUAACAUCUAUACUGAUAGAUGCUAUGCGUUCGCUACUGCCCAUAUACAUGGAGAAAUUUACCGAAGAAGAGGCCUCUUAACCUCAGCAGGAAAAGACACAAAAAACAAGACUGAAAUUUUAGACCUCUUACAGGCGCUUUUCCUACCUAAAAAGUUGAACAUAAUUCACUGUCCUGGACACCAGCGGGGAAGUGACCCUAUAACAAGAGGAAACAAAAUGGCGGACGAGGUUGCCAGAACGGCUGUGGUAGGCCCGCAGACUCUACACCUGAGGACCUCCCCUUCCCCCAUUUAGAUCAAGAUUUGGAUGAAAUCCAGCGGCUUGGGGGCGGAUUACGAUGAACAAAAGGGAGUUUGGACAUUCCAGGACAAAGUUGUCCUGCCCCACAAAAUGGCCCGUGAACUAAUAACUCAACUCCAUAAGUGGACUCAUUUAGGACAUAAAAAACUAAAAAUGCUGCUGCAACAAAAAGAUCAACCUUACUUUAUCCCAAGGCUUAACUCUCUAGUUCAACAGGUCACCGAGUCCUGCGUUCCCUGCGCUAAAGUCAAUGCGGGGCACCUCAAGCUGCCGGAAGGAACAAGGUUCCAGGGAGAUCAACCUGGAGUCAAUUGGGAGGUAGACUUCACCGAGGUUAAGCCAGGAAAAUAUGGUAACAAGUAUCUCCUAGUUUUUGUAGACACCUUCUCUGGGUGGGUGGAAGCCUUCCCCACCAAACGAGAAACCGCUCAAGUGGUCAUCAAAAAAAUCAUCGAGGACAUCUUCCCGCGGUUUGGUCUCCCUCAGGUAAUUGGGUCUGAUAACAGGCCUGCCUUCAUCUCCCAGGUAAGUCAGCUGGUGGCCAAAACACUGGGGAUAAACUGGAAAUUACAUUGUGCUUAUAGACCCCAAAGUUCAGGACAGGUAGAAGGGACAAAUAGAACAAUUAAAGAGACCUUAACUAAAUUAGCUAUGGAGACUGGCACUAGAGACUGGGUCCAACUCCUCCCUAUGGUCUUGUUCCAGGUCCGGAACACCCCCUCCCACCACGGGUUAACCCCAUAUGAAAUAUUGUAUGGGGGACCCCCUCCCGCCGCAAAUCUGCUUGACCCUAUGCUUAACCCCUUUAUUAAUGCGCCUAAUUUGCAGGCACGACUAAAGGCACUCCAGAUUAUACAGAACCAGAUCUGGAGACCUCUAGAUGUGGCCUACCGGACAGGGAACGCGUCAGUCCCUCAAUCCUUCCAAAUCGGCAACUCUGUCUGCAUCCGAAGACACCAGUCUAAGACUCUCGAACCCCACUGGAAGGGCCCCUACACUGUACUGUUGACCACUCCAACAGCCCUUAAGGUAGACGGAAUCGCCGCCUGGGUUCACGCGUCCCACAUCAAGCGAGCACCAUCGGGAGCUGAUAGAGCUUCGGGCGAGCCAGCACAAUGGAAAUUGCAAUGCACCCAAAAUCCGCUCAAGCUAAGACUUUUAAAAACUCCAUAA